CAUUCCACAAUCCAGCUUCGGGUUAUUCACUCUGGUUUUUAAUCACUAACUAAAAUGUCGACUAUUGUGAGGAAGCUGAUCAGCACCGUUAACGCCGCCAAGCCGGUCGCGCCCUACAAUCAAGCUGUGGUGGCCGAUCGCACUGUCUAUGUGUCCGGCUGCCUGGGCCUGGACAAGGACUCGAUGAAGCUGGUCCCUGGCGGACCCACGGAGCAGGCAGAGAAGGCGCUGGAGAAUCUGCAGGCCAUACUGCAGGCAGCCGACUCCGGCGUGGAUAAGGUGAUCAAGAACACAGUUUUCCUGAAAGAUCUGAACGACUUUGGUGCUGUCAAUGAGGUGUACAAGCGGGUGUUCAAUAAGGACUUUCCGGCCCGCAGCUGUUUCCAGGUGGCCAAGCUGCCGAUGGACGCUCUGGUGGAGAUCGAAUGCAUUGCACUGACCGGCCCUGUGCGCACGGAGACGGCUAAAUAGCAAUCAAUAUCCAGUAAGCUGUGACUAUGAUGCAGUAGUCCCGGAGGGACGGUGCUCAAAAGAGUGCCUUACUUUACUGAUCGACAUAAUAAUAAUACAAUCCCUGAAUACUGAAUA